AUGGCUCGCUCGGACGGCGAUCAGUCCUGUUCCCCCGCGGACGGCAGCGGCCUCCGAGAGCUGUCUCUGGAGGAGGUGCUGAGGUCCUACGAGCAGCCCAUCAACGAGGAGCAGGCGUGGGCCGUGUGCUUCCAGUGCUGCUUCGGGCUCCAGGACCUCCGCGGGCCGCGACAUCCAUGCGUCCAGCCCUCCUCCCUGCUGCUGCAAAGGGAUGGCUCCAUCAGGGUUCUGCAGUCCCAGGACGGAGGUGGGUCGCAGUCCCAGGACAGGGGUGGGCCACCGCGGGGCAGAUAA